GCCCUGCUCUGAGUCACGUGGUUUAAGAAAAUGGCUUCUUGAAACGAAUUUUGUCAAAUGUGUUGCUAAAAGUAGAAAUUAUAGCUACCUAAAACUGAAUGCGAGUGUUAAUAUUGGACUGAAGGCUUUGUAACUUCAAUCUCAGAAAUCGUUAUGCAUAAAUAAGUAACCGUUCUACUCAGGAAGAUGGGUGUGCAGCAGAUCUCAACUGUCGUAACAUAAGAUAGCUUACAGUAGCUAGCUAACUAACAAAUCUGUCUCAAUUUAAGCACCAAAGUCAACCGAACAACAUGCCUCCUCGGAAAAAGCUAGAGAACAGAGGCACGGAUUGUCCCAGGAAACGACGACGAGCUCAGGAAGAGGGCAAUGUCGUCAUCUCAGACAGAGACGAGGAUGAAGACUUCAGACCGACAUCAUCAUCAUCAUCAUCAUCAAGAGGGGAGCGCAAACGGGAGAAGGAGAGUAGAACACGAUCAAACGAGAUGACAGAGGAGGAGAUGCUGGACCUGGCCAUGAGACUGAGUAAACAGGAGGCCAGCAGCGCUGCUCUCCAGCAACGACAGGAGGAAGAGGCCGUGAGGAAGGCCAUCGCUGAAAGCCUCUACGCAGACAGCCCUACUCAUCCCCUAUCCCUCGGGUCAGGGAGCCCUACACAACAAUGUCAAAAUUCUCCUCCAGAGGGAGAGAGCAGCAUACAGCCCCCCAGGUGUAAACUCUCCUACCCUAACCAUGGUGUGGCUGACAAGGAGGGAGCCCGCGGUGGAGAUGUUCAUGUAGGGGUGGCUCCCUCAGACAGGAGGAGGAGGGGGAAGAAGGAGGGAAGCCCAUUACUAGAUAUGCCUGACCUGUCUCAGACCCAGAAGGUCUACUCCCAGUCCUCCCCCCUCAGCCAAGCUUCCACCUCAGUGCCUCUCCCAUCCUCACAGGAAGAGGGGUCUUCUCAGAGGAACCUUUUCGGAGACCGCUCAGCCAACGCAAUUGAAUCUCAGGACUACAACAACUCCACAAAGAGUGACUCCCAGUCCCAACUCAGGAUCAAGUCCCCUGGUUUCCCUUCCACUACGGCUCCCCAAGCCAACAAACCUGUCCUGUGCCUGGAGAAGCUUAGCCAGGACCUCCUAGUAGAUUGUCAGGCCUCUGGGUUCCUACUAAAGGGUCAUCCCAGCUUAACGCUUCCCACAAUGUCCCAGAAAUCUCAAUCUUAUCAGCCCAAGAGCCCCACAUUCUCCAAUACCCCUGUGUUUUCCAAAACAGAGAGAGGUGUGGAACCAGGCCAAAGUAGUCCCUCCUUUCCUAAACGCGCCAUGUUCUCUAAUUGUGAUUCAGGAGAGGAAGAAAAAGAGGCCAGUCCCACCAUUCCUAAAAGCCUGGUCUUUUUCAAGACUGAUAGAGGAAAGGCAGAGGAACAAGGGAGUCCAACUUCUCCUAAAAGCACCAUGUUCUCUAAGACUGAAAAAGGACCAGAAGAGAAAGAGACCUUCUCUGGAAGUCCAGUCUUUACCAGAACUGAUCAGAUAAGGGACCAGGGUCCACAGAGCUGUGUUGAAAGUGUUUCUGCAACAGGAGACUAUGAGGAUGGAGACAGAGAUGAUGCUGUGAAGAGCAGGGAUGCCUCCGAGUGCCUUCCACCAUGCCCCAGAACAACCCUGUCCCUGAACAAGAGAUUUGUGCCUAUAAGGAAGACUGCUGGAGUUUCAGACAAAGUUGUUGACCAAGAGGAACGCGAGGGUGAAUCCUCGCAGAGAACUGUAAACAGGAUUAGCAUUCCUGCAAAGUUGGCUGCAGAAGAAGACCUUAAUUCAAAGGAACUUACAUUGGCUUUGGAGACUCAGCCAAUGCAGGAGUUAACCAGUAAUAUGGCGCUACGCUGGUCAGAUGAUGACGAAGAGGAAAAUGGUCCUGAAAAGUCAGCUCACUCGCCCAGCCCAGUCUUCCCACAGGAGAAUGACCUCCCUCAGCCAAGCAACCAGGGUCUCUCCCCAAACACCCACGACCACCGUUCCCCCCAACGCAGACACAGCCCCUGCCUCGUCCCCAAGAAACGCACUCACAACUUCGACAGCGCCGCGUGCGAGGAGGGGAAGAGCCAGUCCAAGUGCAUCCGGAAGAAGUUCACCUUCAAGGGCAUGUAUGGAGCCCCCUCUCCCUCUCUUCUCAGACAGGCUGCAGGUAGGAGCCAGGAUGAGGCCAAAGGCGGAAGCACCUCUUCCCACCAGCCCCUGGCCUCCUCCAGCAGCCUCUCUCCCCCCACAGACGGCCAGGGUUAUGGGGGAGUGGUGCGCUACUAUUGGGGUGUGCCUUUCUGUCCACGGGGGCAGAACCCAGACGCCUACACACAGGUGAUCCUGUCCCAGCUGGAGGUGUAUGAGAAGAGCCUGAAGGAGGCCCAGAGGGGUCUGCUGAGGAAGGCAGGCUGGGGGGAGCCAGUCCUCCCUGGGCCUCCAGAGAAACCCUUCUCCAGGAGGGGACGCCUCGAGAGACGCAGGGCCCCACGACUCCUGGAAGAAGAGGAGAGAGGGGGAAAACGUCAGGAAGAGCUAGUGGAGGUGGUAGAAGAUGAUGAUGAAGAGGAGGGAGAGAAGAGGGUGAGACAGCUGUCACGGUGGGGGGUGGAAGGGGGAGGGAAGAGAGGAAGGCAGGAGUGGAAGGACUGCCAGGAUCUGUUUGUGUCCUCUCCUGAACAAGAGGAAAAAUCUGCCUCCCCUGUAUUUCAUGCAGAUACCAGUCAGCUAAUUCUACUUCAACGGAGAAUUGGCCUUAGAAGAAAAGAGGAAAGACUAGCAGAAAAACAACCACCUGACUUACUGGAGGAGAGGGAGGAAGACGAGAAGGAAGAAAAUAUGGAUGAUAAAGAGGGUGGAGAGAAGAGGGAGGAGGAAGAAGUGGAUGUCAGAGGCUUACAAGUUCCAGAGACCCAACUCAGUGACGACAGCACUCAAGACCUCAUGGUCACCAGCCCUGCACAGCUCCAGCCAGAGAGCCAGUCCCUGCCUCAGAUCCAGUCCUUUCUUUCAUCACCCCGUCCUCUGGAACAGCAUGAAGAGGGGAUGUUGGUGGUUGGAGAGGAGGAGGGGCGGAGGAGUAGCCCUGUGGGGAUCCCUGCUGUAGGAGAGGAUGUUCGGAUGGAGGAGGAUAUCCCAGAGCCUGCCUUCCCUCGGAGCCCCAACAUGGACUGUCCCAUGUGCAUGCGUCUCUUCCCCCUGACGGAGAUUGAGAUGCACGCUGCCUACUGUGACGGUACCACCGGUAUCAUGGAGGAGGAAAUGGCAGAGGAGAGCCACUCGCAGGUUUCAGUCAAGGCUCGUAGGAAGAGGACCAGAAGGGGUGAGAACAUUGGAGAGGAGCAGCCCAGCUCUUCUGGCUCUGGCAAGGUGGUACAGGGAGAGAAGUGCUUCCUGUGUCAGCAACUAUUUCCUCUCAAGUACCAUGAGAAGCAUGUAGAGGGCUGUAUCAAGAACAAAGAGUUCUCCAAGGCUGCACCCAGAGAUGGACAGCUCUUCUGGUCUUCUGUCUGUGUGACGAUCUUCCAGAGUGGAGACUUGCUGAGUGCUCUGGACCAGACAGAGCAUAUAUAUUCAGUGGCCUGAUUGAUGAUCUGGACACAGCAGAAUCUGGGGGAAGAGGAGACUUCAGCGCCCCAGGUUUCAGAGUGAGCACCUCGCCCAUCCAAUCCUUCACCCCUGUCUCAGAAGCCACAGACUGUCUUAUCGACUUCUAACGCCAAUGCUCUUCCUCUACCGCCUCUUCCUCCUCCAGGCCCAGCCAAAAAGAGAUUAAAGCAAUAGUUUACAAAAAAAUGUAAAUGACUGUCAACCACUUUUUUAUACCCCUGUAGAUCUUUCAUUUGUAGUGUUUGUUACACUGAAUUGAAUGACAAAAAUGUGUGUUAUUAAUAUGGUAUUAAAUUAUACUGAUUUCUUUGGAGACAUCUACUUUCGUUGGAGACAUGUUUGUUGGAUUGUUACUAUGUUGAUGUAGAUGUCAUGAGGUAUACGUGUAGUUCUAAACUGUUUCUUGGCAGUAAUACAUACAGAAAGCUAUGUAAGAGUCUUCACUUUUGCAGACCAACCAAAAGAAUGCCUGCAUACCAAACAGUCACAGCGAACCAA